AAGCGAAGAUGAUGCUGAAAGGAGUCCGUCAGUCACUCCAGAUGAAGAGGAACUCCAAGGAAAGGAUCCACAAUUGCAUCGUCAUCUUCGUGGUCGUGGGUCUACUUCUACAGGUGGACGUGGCACAUCAGACAGUAAUGUCAUUACUCACUACAUGAAGAACCACAACCAAAUGCUCACGGAGAUGCAAAUGGUCACGGAGGGGGUGGAAGACAACGUCGUAGUCUCAAAUUCAAACACACCACCCGCUUGCCACAACUGCUCCGCUAUUAAUAACCCGCCUAGUUGUUUUGAAGAACUACAUCAGGAUCAGCAGCAGCACGGUCCACUAGGUCCUCUUCCUAUGAGUCUUAGUAUGAGCCACCGCAUUCUUCAUCCAGCUGUUCUUGAGCAUUCAUCUCAAUUAUACGUCGAUCAUCAUGCUGGUGCUCAAGCUCAUGAAUUACUACAACAAGAUACUGAUAGUGAACAAGAUAGUCCACAUACUAGUAGUCGUGGUGCUCCUGGUUUUCUCUUCUACAGUUACGAUCCGCUUUCCACUUCGGACGAAGAGGGGUCAGCUGAGGUUGAAAAUUCCCCAGAUCCAGAUGAAGACCAAAAAUACAAGAGAAUGCACAUCACAAGAAAAAACGUGAAAGAUUUUGUUUACAACUUCUACAAGGACGCUCAAGUCGACGUCGUCGACCAUCAGGAACUAGAAGACGAGGGUUCCGAUCUGCCGCGUCUAGAAGACGAGGAAGACGAGGGUUCUUUUGCAUCGUUGAACGCGACGUCCACACAGGAGAAAGCAGUACUGGCUGAAGGAAGAACGAGAAUUGGAUCAUGCCGUAGAGAAUUGGAUCAUGCCGUGGAGGAAGAACGAGAAUUGGAUCAACAUCCUCUAGCACGUGGCUGUUUGUAUCCGUCAUCUGCUUUUUUCGUGUUCGCACAGCGUGCGAGAGCUUCUAGAGCUACAACUGCUUCAUCUACUUCUAAACCUAGUACGAGCACCAGAGCAGCACAAGCAGCAGCCUCUAGAUGGAGGAAUAAUGACAACUUCGACACUCUUGGUCGUCUACUCACGUAUCAGGAACAUCAUACUCACAUUGACAAACUCGAAUCCCCCGAAUCGGAUCCUCAAGGUCACCAAGGGAAGAUGAAGAAAAGUGAUGAUGCUAGUGGCAAGACUUCCAUGAAAACUACACGCUCCUGCACAUUUUCUACAAUCCUUAGUUGGCAGAUUCAGAUCCGCGCUUAUGCUUCGAACAUGAAGACCUCAUUAGGCCGUCUGCUUGAGAUUCAUCGAGCGUUGUGGUUGCCUUUCGCUCUUUUUACGUUGUGGAUGACAGCAGCACCUAGAAAUAAUAUGCCAUCAAAUCAUGGACAUGGAUCCGAUCUUGAGGAGGAACAUCUGUGGCGACCUGUUCUGGUUGCUGCGCUAUUCAGUGCUUACUUAAGGCCAGUCAGUCACUAUCUGGUGAGUGUGAUGUUACAGGAUAGCCCUCAAUGAAUUAUUCAUUGCUGGUGACGUUGCUCCCCUGAAUAUCGAUUAUCAAGGCGUGGAAUUCAUUAUAAGGGGAAAUGUAGAAGCAAAGCAUAAGCAAGUCCUCGUCACUCGACCACAGAUAGUGACUGCCUUUAAUUUAUGGAGUAGUAUGGGUGAUCAAGAGCAACAUCUUUCCGGAUUUGCGACUCUACAACAACGUACCGAUUCGUGGCUUAGCACCUAUUCUUCGCGAAACUGUCUAUGCUAGCGUCUAUCUCCUCUAUCCCAUAGUGGCCUCCUGCUUUUCUUCAGUGUCCUGGAAGAUCAAUGAGCAGAAUGAGGCAGCUGUUGAUGUACGCUUGAGUAGCGAUUCCACUCAGCAGCAG